UCGUUUUCCGUUAAACCCGCCCACACGAAGAUGUCCAGUUUUCAUUCGAACUCCUCGUCCUACAAGGAAAUAAGACAAUUAUUGUCACGAAACCUCUGCUGUAGCCUACCAUGGACUGUGCCGAGAGGAUUAUGGUUUCAUGGAUAAUAUGUGUUCUCACAGCGUUGUGUACCAUAUCAGUGGUGCUGGCCAGUGUGCCCCAACCCGAAAAUGUGAGGGUGACCUCCAUCAAUAUGGAUGUAGUCCUGGAGUGGGAUCCCCCCCAGCCCUCAUCUGGCAACCUCACUUACACGGCGGGGUUCACGCCGGAGUACCGUUCUGUCAGUGGCCUGAGGAUCGUGUGUCAGAACCAAUCGGAGAGGAGCUGUGACUUCACUGAUCAUCUGUCCAAUUUUGGAAUCUACACAUUCUACGUGAGGGCGGAGUUUCAGACAGAGACCUCCCACUGGGUGAACGCUUCGGAGUUCGCCAUAGACAAAGACACCCUGAUUGGAGCUCCCACAGUGAGGUUGUCAUCCAAGGCGGGUAACUUGGAGGUGGACAUCCAAGACCCUGUGACAAGAAAUCCAGGAGGUCUGAGGACUGUCUAUGACCAUGUGUGCUUCAAUGUCAGAUAUUGGGAAAAAAACAAGAUGGAAAAUGCCACUGUGCUGAACUGCGAGCAGCAGAACAGCUUGGUCCUGUCUUCUGAACUGAAGCCCAGGACCAGGUACUGUGUGCAGGCCCAGGUGUACAUUCCCAGUUAUGAGAAGACCAGCGACUUUAGUCGGGUGAUGUGUGAGACCAUCACAGAUGGGAGAGCAGAGCCAUGGCUUAUCGUGACAGUCAUGGUGUGCAGUCUGUUGGUGAUGGCGGUGACCGUCUUACUGCUCUUCCUCAUUGGCUGGUAUGGCUACAAAGGGAUUAAGUUCAUGUUUCCCAAAGCAAAGCUGCCCGAGCACUUCAAGCAGUACUUGGUCGAGCCCCCCCACUCCUACAUCUUCUUGGCCAUGCAGAACAGCUCCCAGCCGGAGGAGAAGUGUCACGAGGUCUGCAUCCUGUCAGAGCUGACAGAGGGCACGGAAUCAGAGGGAACCCCUCUAUAACCCCCACGGAGGGGACUGUGUGGAGAGAGGAUGAGCUGGGGAGGGAAGGAGGCAGAGCAAAAGACCGGGAGAAUGAGGUUCCAUGAAUCCAAAAAUGUGAAGAGCAACACAUUAUGCUGUCGCCCACUGAUUUGAGCCAAUCGUUGUCUUUUGCUGAGGAGGACAUAAUUUAAUUGGUUUAGACCAGUCAUUAAUUGGCAGCUCAUUGUAGGUCCACCCAUUAUGUAGCUCAUGAAAACUCACUUUCCCAUCCCUACCGGCAGAAGGGUCUGGAUCGGGGGAGGUCAAGGUCGGAGUAUACUUUCUGUGAAAUAGAACUUUGGCAGGUUUGUACAAAUUGAAUGAAAAAUGAUACGUUUGUGGAGAAAACAAAACUCCGCAUUGACUUCUGCCACCGCAGUAUGCACAUCCCCGCUGGACGAACUAGCUGAGAUGUUAAAACACCAACCUACUGAUUUCCUGCAAUUGGUCUGAAAUAUCACAUGGGUGGCUGCAUUCCAUCUCCCCCACGAGCAGACACACACGCCAUCUUCUCUUUUUCGUUUCUUUUGUUGCAGCACUAAAGAAACUAAAGCGACUUUGAAAUCAUCGCCGUCCAUUUGUCAAAGCUUCUCCUCCUUUACAACCACAGAAUAUGAAUUUGUGCCCCGCGCCCCCCCCCUCCCCCCACUGAACGAACAAUUUGAACAAAUUUUUGCACACAUUUUUAUGCGACACUGUGUUCGGCUCUGCUUCUCUUUUGGCUGAGUUCACCUUCUUAUCAAGUAUACUCCCCCUUCUGAAGAAGUAGGGUCUGUUUGGUCUGUAUAAUUAAAAAUGAAGUCUGGGUCUGAAGUCUGGCUUUAUGGACCAAUCAGCUCAAACAAUGCACUUCAAUGUCCUGUUUACUGUACAGAAAUUUAUGGAUAAUUUAUAUAGACUUUUUUCCAUCAUGUUGUUUGUUGUGUGUGUGUGUUGUUCUGGCUGGUGCAUUAUUGUUUUUUAAAUAAAUUCUGGCUGGUGUCUUUAUCAU